AUGGUUUCGCCAGCUUUUCUUUUGAUAACAUGUCUUCUAUCCCUUUCCUCUGCAAAGCAUAAGCAUGAUCGAUCACAGCGAGCAAAUCUAGCAGCAUGGAAAACCACCGAAUGUGCAAUACUGAAUGGACAACACACGGAACCAUGUCCAUCACCGGACUCGAACGGAGAGUGGCCAUGUAUCAGGUACUCUGAUCUGUGUAAUGGGCAAAGGGACUGUCCGAACGGAGAAGAUGAAUCUGCUGUGCACUGCUACUUUCAUGAAUUACAUCGAGCAGAACUUGACGCCAUUCGAGAAAAGACGCAUCGAAUGAUUGUCGAAUUCAACCGAAGAACGAAACCCUUAUAGAAGAUAGAAAAAUGCCGGUGUUUCUGUGUCCAAUAUUAGAAUCCUUAGAAAUGAACAAGCUCUCAAAGCCGCAUAUUUGAUUGUUUUAUUGUCCUUGUAAGCAUAGUCGUUCUUCGAAUUGUGCUGGAUUUAUAUGAUGCUCCCAUGCAACUCUUCAUCUAACAAUAAGGUAUUGAUGUAGGAAUUAAUUUGAAAAGCAUGCCUGCCGUACAU